AUGGCCCGUGCGUACCCUCUGUCUCUUCAGGACUCUGUGGAGGGACUCACCAAGCUGACGCAGAAGGGGUACAGCCAGGAUGAGAUCGCCAAGCUGUGGGUGCAGCAGGCGCUGAGCGAUGGCUCCUUGGCUGCCUUUGUGUCCAAAGUACCUCAACAGUUCCAGAUUGUGUCUGCUUACCUGGCGGACGCUGUGAUGUGUGACAGCCUUGGCCGGCUGGAGCUCCAGUCGCUAGUGGCAGACUUGAAGGGUGUGACGCCACCUGUCCUUUCGCCGCGCGUGGGUUCGGGGGCACUGCCAGAGAUUGGUGGCCCCAUACAUGAGGGCUUGGGGCCAGGCUUUGAAGGGCCCAUUCACCAUGUGGAGGUUGCUCUCAGUGUGGAGGAUGCGGAACAGGCAGGAUGUGGGGUUCCCAGAGUAGUGAUGUCAAUCAAGGUGCAUGAAAUGGCCAUGCAUGGAGCGACACUUGGGCCAUCUCCCUUUGGUGACCAUGUCAGGGGUCCUGAUGCAGCACUGGACGUGUGGGAGGCCAGCUCUGCAAAUUCUG